AAGAUAUUGCAAAUCAACUUCCAUGAUUCUUGUUAAACUACAAAUUAUUGAUCCAAUCUAGAGUUAAUCUGAUCAAAUCAGGACUUAUACUCGACUAUUACACCGUCAAAAGGUUGUUAAGUCGUGAUUAAGCGAACUUCCGAGCUGAGUGGAUGGCGGCAACGACAAUGGCGACAGCGGCGGGGGCGGUGGUGUUAUUGUACUAUGUAUUGGCUCGGAGAUUGUCUUCUGCUGAUGCGAAGGCUGCCGACGAUGAUGAGGGACGGGAAUAUAUGAAAUCAAGUAAAUCGAAGAGGAAGAUCGCGCAGAGGAGGCCAGCUCAGGCGCCUGCCACGUGGUUUGAAACGAUUUCGACUCUAUCUGAGACGCUUAGAUUUACAUAUUCAGAAACCCUAGGGAAAUGGCCUAUUGGAGACUUGGCUUUCGGCAUCAAUUAUUUGUUGCGAAGGCAGGGUAAUGUACAAGUAGCCAGUGUAUAUGCUGGAGAAAAUAGUAUACAGCUCAAGGGACCAGGAAUCAUUGAAGAGUUGAAACAGUAUUUGAAGUUGUUAACUCUUUGCAUGCUUUUUUCAAAGAAACCUUUCCCAGUUUUUUUGGAGUCUGCUGGCUAUUCAGAAGCAGAUGUCCUAUUGCAGAAGCCGAAAGCAGGGCUUUUGAAGCCUGCCUUCACGAUUCUCAGUGAUAAAAAUUCUAAAUGCUUCCUUCUAUUGAUUCGGGGCACUCAUAGUAUCAAAGAUACACUGACAGCAGCAACUGGUGCUGUAGUUCCUUUUCACCAUUCAGUUUUACAUGAUGGUGGGAUAAGUAAUCUUAUUUUAGGUUAUGCACAUUGUGGGAUGGUUGCUGCUGCUCGGUGGAUUGCAAAGCUCAGUAUUCCUUUUUUGCUUGAAGCCCUGAAUGACAACCCUGGUUAUGAAGUAAAGAUUGUUGGUCAUUCACUUGGUGGUGGUACCGCUGCACUCUUAACAUACAUUCUUCGAGAACAGAAGGACUUGUCAUCAAUUUCAUGCAUCACAUUUGCACCAGCUGCCUGCAUGACUUGGGAAUUGGCAGAGUCUGGAAAGCACUUUAUCACCACAAUAAUCAAUGGCUCUGAUCUGGUGCCCACAUUCUCAACUGCUUCUAUAGAUGAUCUUCGCACUGAGGUUACAGCAUCCUCUUGGUUAAAUGAUCUGCGUGAUCAAGUUGAGCAAACUAGGGUUUUGAAUGUCGUAUAUCGUUCUGCAACUGCUUUGGGCUCUCGUCUCCCAUCAAUGGCCAAUGCAAGAGCCAAGGUUGCUGGUGCAGGGGCAAUGCUGCGUCCUGUUUCUAGCAGCACUCAGGUUGUGAUGAAACGGGCUCAGAAUGUCGCUCAGGCUGUAGUUAGAACCCGUUCUACCCUUUCCGCUUGGUCAUGCAUGGGUGCACGUCGUCGUGCUGUUGGCACUGCACCUAUCGAUGGUUUUUCCGAAACUUCCCUAAUACUUGAAAAGAAUCCUGAUUCUCUUACAACCGACACGGUCAAUCCCGACCACGAGUCAAACAACAUCAACCAUUGUUCUUCCAGUGGUGGGCCUGGGCCCGCGUCCGGGUCUGGGCACGAGGACACAGACGAAGAAGAACUUCUUAUUCCCGUGGACCACGUUGCAUCCAAUUCCGAACACAUCACCGAAGGCGAACUAUUAUAUGAGCUCGAGAAAGAACUUCAAAGGCAAGAGCACGAGGCGGAUUUUCAAUCCCAGGAAGAAGAGGAGGCCGCUGCUGAAGAAAUCCGAGAAGAAGAAAAAGUUAUUGCGGAUGCAGUAGAUGGUGAACAGCCGAUUUCUUCAUCAGACGUUUUCGAAAAUCACCAUCUGUAUCCUCCUGGAAGAAUAAUGCAUAUCGUUUCAAUCGUUUCGAGCAACCCUGUUGAUCGAGAUCAAGAUCAUGAUCACGAUCACGGUACUGCCAUUGAAGAAAGUGAAGUCGAACGUGAACAUGUGGGUAUUUACGAGACUAAUCGGGAUCUUUACGGUAAACUGAGGUUAUCAAGAACAAUGAUCAAUGACCAUUACAUGCCAAUGUAUAAGAAGAUGAUGGAGAAAUUGUUGGUUGAACUAGAAAAAUAGAUUGAUAUAUUAGUUGGUAUA